AUGACCGAUAGCUCCAGCAGCAUCAACCCCAUCAUUAACAGCAUCGUCCUGCAUCCUCCACUGCGAGACAUCACAUCGUCACCUCAGCAAGUGUCCAGUCUUCAGCGGUCUCGCACCAGAUCAGAGGGCAUACAUCCUCCGUGUGCACAUCCACAACAGACUGCCGAAUCUGCAAGUGGAGGCAUCAUACUCUUCUGCACAGAUCCAGUGAGACGAACCGCUCUGAUUGUUAAUUCCUCUACAUGCGAUCUGACGGCCACCGCUCAAAUUAACGUACUCAACAUUCUCAGACAACCUGUCAGAUGCCGAGUACUUCUAGACACGCGGUCGACCACCAAUUUCAUUAGACAAGGUCUGGCAGUCUCGCUGAAUCUACCACUGAAGCCAUUUGCUGUACACAUUGGAGCUCUGAACGACACCAACACAUCAACAAGAUACUUGGUUAGAGCAACGAUACGUUCUCGGAUAAGUGAGUAUGAGAGGACACUUGACUUUUUAACAUUUUCUGUCAUCACACAAGCCAUUCCCGAUCAAUCUCUAGACCACAAAAAGAUAAGGAUUCCAGUCAAUAUAAUCCUUGCUGAUCCUGAUUUUCAUUGUCCUGCAUCCGUCGACAUGCUCCUUGGAUCAGAGCUAACACUCUCACUUCUCGGUGAAGGCAAAAGAAAACUCACGCCAGCGGAUCAAUUAGAGCUGUAUUUUCAGCAGACUCUGCUCGGCUGGGAGAACGUCAAACGCGAUAAUUGCGGCAGGUACAUUGUCGCUUUGCUGUUUAACGGAAAAAAAGCUCUGAUCGGAGAAUCAAGAUCAAGAGCUUUUUGCCGACUGAAGUCAUUGGAACGAAGGCUGGAUGGAAAUGCUGAGCUCAAAGGACAUUAUCAUGCUGUCAUCCAGGAAUACCUCGACCUUGGCCACCCCACAGAAGUCACGGGAAGAGACUUAUCACAAUUUGGGUAUUAUCUGCCACAUCAUGCUGUGAUAAACGAGAGCAGCACCACAACCAAGGUCCGUGCUGUCUUUGACGGCUCAUCGAAGACCAACACCGGAGUGUCUCUGAACGAGACUCUACAUGUCGGACCUACAAUCCAAGACGACAUAUUCUCGCUCCUUCUCCGGUUCCGUCUGUAUCCAUAUGUGCUUACAGGUGAUAUCGAGAAGAUGUGCAGGCAAGUUCUCGUACGUCCUGAAGAUCGACUAUAUCAGCGAAUCCUGUGGCACAAUGGAAAGGAGCCAGUGAGAACCUUUGAACUAAACACGGUGACAUUUGGACUCUCGGCAGCUCCAUACCUGGCAAUUCGAUGUCUUCAUCAACUUGCCAACGAUGAGGGCCAUCGGUACCCAGUCGCAGCAAAGGUACUCCAGCGUGACCUGUACGUCGAUGAUCUGCUCACUGGGACACAGACAAGAGAAGAAGCUGUUCAAUUGCGAGAACGUCUCAAUAAUUUAGUGAAGCUUGGCGGAUUCAACCUCAGACAAGUUAAUCGACAUCUGCAGAUUGGAGACUCUACCACCUUAAAAAGUCUGGGGAUUUACUGGAACUCCGCAGGGGACACCGUCACGUAUACAGCUAAGAUAUCAACGAAUGCCAUAAUUACCAAGCGCUUCGUUUUAUCCGAAACUGCAAAAAUCUUCGAUCCUCUUGGUCUUCUAUCACCAGUUGUCAAUAGACCCAAGAUGAUCACGCAAAAAAUCUGGACGCUGAAAAUAGGCUGGGACACACCACUUCCAUCUGAGGUUCAAAACGAAUGGUUUCAAUUCUACGAUCAACUUCACUUGAUCAGCAAGAUGACCUUCCCACGCCUGGUACUCCAAGAAAGGUUCAGAGAAAUCCAACUUCAUGGAUUCAGCGAUGCCAGCGAAGAAGCCUAUGGAGCAUGUGUCUACCUUCGUUCAGGAGGAAGUAAUGGGGAGGUCAACACUGCACUGCUUUGUGCAAAGUCUCGUGUUGCGCCUCUCAAACGAUUAGCUAUUCCGAAACUCGAACUUUGUGGGGCACAGUUGCUCAUCAAGCUCAUGCAAGAGAAUACGAGUCCUCGAGUAUUUAUUAUCUCGUGGAUUCGUAUUACAUCGCACGAUGACGCGCUGGAGGCCAGUUCGACGCGUAAAGCGCUGACGCUGCGCCCCAGUUAUCUACAUAUGUUGAAUAUACGUGGAUUUAUCCACAUAUAUUCAUGUCUUUUAUUUGUCUUUCUUCAUAUGUUUUGCAUUCCGAAUAAUACGUGCCACUUUCGUGUCCUCGUAUUCUCUGGAUUAGAAAACUCUAACGUUAUGGAAUUUCGGGGCAUAACACAUCAAUUACAGACCUUCGUCUCCAAUCGUGUGGCAAACAUUCAGGCAAGUUCUGAACCAGCUGAUUGGAGACACGUAAGGACUCAUGAGAAUCCAACUGAUCUCGUAUCCCGUGGACAGGACAUCAAGGAUUUCAUCACCUCCAAUAUUUGGUUUGAGGGUCCCUCGUGGCUUCAAGCAGAGGAAAACAGGUGGCCGGCUAUGGAUCUCCAAUUUUCACGUCCACCAUCAGAGAUGAAGAAGAGAUUUUGUCAUGUGGCCUAUAGUGGACGACAGCAACAUCCUCUGCAAUGGUACUCUUCCAUUUUGAAAUUACAAAGGGUAAUUGCUGUCUGUCUACGUUUUAGAAUGAAGAGGAAGGACGCCCUCGCAGCAGAUGAGCUGAUCACCGCUCAACAGGCCAUAAUAUAUUGGCUGCAAGCAGAGGCUCUUCAUUCCCUUAAACGUGCUCUCGAAAGUACUGCGGACAAAGGAGCGAAAAACGGAGAAUUGGCCAAGGUUUCCAAACUGAGCCCAUUUUUGGAUAAGGAUGGACUCAUCAAAGUGGGAGGCAGACUACAAAGGGCUAUGAUUCCAUAUGAACAACGUCAUCCGAUCAUUCUGCCUAAGUCUCAUCCAGUCACCAACCUUAUCAUUGAGGAAGCCCACGUGUCCCAGCUACAUGCUAGCCAUCAAGCAACACUCUACUACAUUAGACAACAGUACUGGCCACUGGACGGUCGAAACUCGGUGCGCCGUAUCAUUCAUAAGUGCAAUGAUAUGCACUUAGGCAAUGAUAUGCACGAGGCUCAAUCCACCAGCAGUCGAUUAUGUCAUGGGCAAUCUACCGACAGCCAGAGUCACGGAGUCAUGCCCAUUUACAAACGUCUAUGUCGCUGUUUUCGUGUGCCUUGCGUAAAGGCCGUCCAUCUGGAGGUCGUAAGUGAUCUCACAACGGAGGCUUUCUUCGCGGCCCUACGGAGAUUCAUCACCGGACGCGGAUGCUGCCGAAAUAUUCUCUCGGACAACGGCACAAACUUCAUCGGUGCCAAUAACGCACUGAAGGAGAUAUAUGAACUCUUCAAGUCGGAAGAGCAUCAGAAGACACUCCAGUCGUGGUUGACAACAAAGCAUAUUCACUAG